AUGUCCAAAGUUAGUGAUUUUAUUGAAAGUAUAAAAUUAACUGAUGAAAGAAUUAAAGAUAUCAAUCAUAAACUAGUUAAAGCUUUUAUAGUAUGUGAAAUAUCAUGGAAAAUAAUUGAGAAUUCUUUUUUUAUUGAACUUCUUAAAACAUUACGCGAAUCUAUUUGGAAUUUUGUUAUUCAUACUUCAAAUCAUCAUGAAUAUCUUUGGUCACUUAGAAAUUUAACUAGUGAACGUCAUACAAAAAAACUUUUAGCUGAAGAAAUAGAAUAUAUAAUUGAUUAUUUUGGUUCAGAAAAAUUUAUAGCAAUUGUUACUGAUGCAGGAGCAAAUAUUCAG